AUGGAACAUGCAAGUGGUAAUUGCUGUGCUCGGGCUUUAACGUAUGCGUCCAAAGUGAACAAUUCUGUACAGAAUACGGCGAGCGUGCAAAGCCCCGAUCAGGACGUCAUAAUUGACGUUGACGUUGUUGGGGGCGGUAGCGACGAUGACUUAGAGUUUCCGCCUGCCAUGGAAAUUGUUAAACUGGACAAGGACAACAACAUAACUGACAACGAAGGAGAAGAUGGUGAUGAUGUUGACGUAGAUAGUGAUGAUGAUGGUGAUAGUGGUGAUGGUGAUGAUGAUGAUAACGGAGAAAUGGGCGCAGAUGACGAAACUGAGAUUGACGCUACCAGAGCGGAGGAUGAUCCAGUGGGUGACAUGGAGUGUGACAGAGAGCCGUUUAUAUCGGCGCUUAGGAAGUCCAGUGUGAUUAAUGGUGUUGCCAUGCCGGGAACAACUAAGCAGGCUAAGGUUUCUACCUUUGCGGAUGACACUACGGCAAUUCUCUAA